CACUAUUUAAAUACCCAGAGGACCAUCUUCAAGUCAUCAUUUGAUCAAAGUUAGUGUCUAGCCAUCAUGAAACCGUUUAUGCUGUUGUCAGCGCUAGUAGCGCUAUCCAGCGCCCGUCCUGAAGCUGGUUAUAGCUACAGUCCCCCGAGCACUUCUUAUGGCGCACCUUCGGGUGGAGGCGGCGGCUUUGGUAGCUCUGGAGGCGGCGGAUUCUCUGGAGGUGGCGGAUUUGGAGGCGGCGGCGGCGGUGGAUUUGGAGGAGGCGGCGGCGGUGGAUUUGGAGGAGGUGGUGGAUUUGGAGGCGGAUCAGGAGGCGGAUUUGGCGGAGGAGUCGGUGGAGGAUUCGGAGGAGGCGGCGGCGGCGGCGGCGGCGGCGGAGGAGGAGGAUUCGGAGGUGGAUUCGGAGGUGGCGGCGGCACUACCAUCCAGAAACACAUUUACGUUCAUGUACCCCCACCAGAGCCUGAAGAGUUCAGGCCCCAAAGACCCAUCUCGGUCGGACAGGCUCAAAAGCACUACAAAAUCAUUUUCAUUAAGGCACCAAGCGCACCAACACCCACUGCUCCAGUUAUCCCAGUUCAGCCACAAAACGAAGAAAAGACUCUUGUCUACGUAUUGGUGAAGAAACCAGAAGAAGCUCCAGAAAUCAAUAUUCCAACACCAGCCCCAACUCAGCCCAGCAAACCAGAAGUUUACUUCAUCCGAUACAAGACUCAGACCUCAUCUUCAGGAGGCGGCGGCGGUGGUGGUGGAUUCGGAGGCGGUUUUGGAGGAGGCUCAGGAGGCGGUGGCGGAUUCGGAGGAGGAAUUGGUGGUGGAAUUGGAGGAGGAAUCGGCGGUGGAAUUGGCGGUGGAAUUGGCGGUGGAAUUGGAGGUGGAAUUGGCGGCGGCAUCGGCGGUGGUCAUGGUGGUGACAUUGGAGGAGGAAUCGGUGGUGGUAGCGGAGGAGGUGUUUCAACUAGUUACGGCGCACCUGGCAAGUCCGGUCCCUAUUAAACAGCAGAAGUUACCUCGGUAUCAUUCGGCCAGUAAAAAAUUAGCAGAUAUAAUGGUCUCUCAUACAGCAUCACUCAGCAGUCAGUCGAAAUGGCCCGUUCAUCAUUGUGUCUCUAUACUUUUUCCUCACCGAAUGAGCCACAUCGUACAUCGUCCAUUAUAGUGAUUAUAUAUGCUUGAUAUUCUUUCAUUAGAAAUUAUGUCAUAGUUUUCUUCUCUCCGCUCUUAGAUAAAUACUCGAUUUCCAUGUUGCCAAGACUAAAAAGUCGCCGUAUGUAAAUUUGUUUAUGGAAAUCGGGAGUUUUAUUUGGGAGCGCAGCGAUUUUGUAAAUAUUCGUGCAAUAUAAUAUUUUACGUUAUAUUUUUUGUAUAUUUUAUAUUUUUGUAUAUUAUCUUUCGUGAAGAAAAUACGGUGACAAAUAAAUAUGUUUAAUGAUA